AUGCCGAGUUAUAAGGAUUACUGGGCAAAUAAUGAAGCCCUUGGAGACGAAUCCAUUUGCCGUUAUAUGUCAUGUAGAAACUUUUCAUGGAUUCUCGGCAAUUUGCACCUAAACGACAAUGUGCUUGAGCCGAAAAGGAACGAUGUAAAUUUCGACCGUCUGUAUAAAGUGCGGCCAUUAUUAGAUUAUCUGUCUAAGAGAUUUUUAGAUGCUCUGCAUCCUAGUGAAAAUCAGUCGAUAGAUGAGUCAAUGAUCAAAUUCAAGGGACGCAGCACAAUUAAACAAUACAUGCCCAAGAAACCAAUAAAACGUGGUUUCAAAGUAUGGAUGAGGUGUGAUGAGAGCGCUUUUGCAUCCCAGUUCGAGAUUUAUUCAGACAAAAAAGAAGUUGUAGAGAAAAAUCUGGGCAAGAAAGUGGUGAAAAGAUUGACAGAAUGCCUGCAUGGCAAAAAUCACCGGGUAUUCAUGGACAAUUAUUUUACGUCAUACGAACUUUUUCGCUACUUGGAAACCAAAAAUAUAUAUGCCUGUGGAACUGCCAUGAUAGGCAGAAAAAAUUUACCGAAGUCCCUGCUUGCCCAGGACAAGGAGUUGAAAAGAGGCGAAUUUGACUGGGCUGUCAGUAAUGACAAUCUAACUUGCCUCAAAUGUAAGGAUAAGAGAUGUGUCACAAUCCUGUCUUCCCUUCCUGACGCCGUUGAUCAAAUUCAAAUUGAACGAAAAGAAAAAGACGCCACAAAAGUAAACAUAAAUUGCCCAAAAGCAAUUUCAACUUAUAAUAUGAAAAUGGGAUUCGUAGACAAAUUUGAUCAACUAGUAUCGCUUUACGAAAUAGAUCGUAAAAGUACAAAGUGGUGGCAAAGAAUCUUUUUCCAUUUUGCAGAUGUAGCUGUAAUUAACAUUUACAUACUACAUAAAAUGCUAACUGGAGCUGAAAUAAAUACAACCAAAGAUUUCCGUUUAAAUUUGCUGUGUCCCUCUGUGCCAUGA